GGGGCUGUGCCGGUGACAGCGGCGGCGGUAGUCGCGGGGGAGCGGCGGGCCCGGGCCAUGCACUCACUCGCCCAGGAGAUCCGCAGCUUCUCCAGGACCAACCUGCGGAAGCAACGCACCCGCGUCACGACGCUGACCGGCAGAAGGAUCAUCGAGACGUGGCGCGGCUCCUGCCUGCAGGUGGAAGAGGAGGCGGCGGCGGUAGCGCCCGGCUACGUGCAGGAUCUCAGCGCCGACCUCCAGGUCGGCGUUGUGAAGCCUUGGUUGCUGCUGGGGUCUCAGGAUGCUGCUCACGACCUGGAGACGAUGAAAAAACAUAAGGUUACUCAUGUUCUAAAUGUGGCAUAUGGAGUCCAAAAUGCCUUCCUUGAUGACUUUAUAUACAAGACUAUUUCUAUUUUGGACCUCCCAGAAACUGAUAUAAUCUCCUAUUUCCCAGAAUGUUUUGAGUUUAUUGAGAAAGCCAAGAUCCAGGAUGGUGUUGUACUGGUCCACUGUAAUGCAGGAGUCUCCCGUGCAGCAGCAGUAGUCAUCGGUUUUCUAAUGAAUUCAGAAGGACUGAGUUUUGCAAGAGCCUAUUCCUUGGUUAAAAAUGCAAGGCCUGCAGCUUGUCCAAAUCCUGGCUUCAUGGAGCAGCUUCACAAGUACCAAGAACAGAAUAUAAAAGCAAAUGGCAGCAUAAAUGAUCACAACUGAUCAGAAGGAGAUGACAAAAAAAUCUUGUUUGGCUGUACAGUAACUGAUGUUAAUCUGUCAUUUUGCAGUCCCCAUUCACAUGUGCAUUUUUAACUCUUUAUGCAUUUUUUUUGUCUCUCCUUCAACCCUUUUUUUCAGCAUUCACUCUAAAGGCCAAAUACUACUCCACUAACUUCAGAGUUGAUUUUGCCCAAGAAUAAGCUCUUCUUAGAGCAUGAGUAGAAGGAAAAAGUUCAAUUUUCCUUGUAAUAUUAAAAAAAAACCCCAUUUUUAAAAAAUGAACCUUCAAAGAAUGCAGGCACUAGAGGAAGAAAAUAACUGAGGUGAGUUGCCCUAUUUAAUUUAAUACUAAACUAAAUAUUCAUUCUAGUUGGUUGUAAAAUCUAGAUAAUAAAAUGUUCCUAUCAUAAAGUACCUCAAUACUAGAUUUUAAAUUUAUGUUGCAAAUAAAGAGGAUUUUAUUGCAUUUUUGGGGCUAGGCAGCCCUUAAAUAUUUUUUGAAAUAAAAAUAGAUGGCCUCUUGAUGGAAUUAAAAAGGUGCAGGAUAUUUUAAUGCUUCAUUUCUUUCUAGCAUUUGUCAUCUAGUAGUCAUUUGAAGUGUACCAACAUGAUGUUUUCAAAAUGGUGUAACCAGGCUGUCACAGUUUUUUUGUAGAUCAUUUCAGUAGAGAUACAAAAAAAAUGUAAGUCUCUCUCUGACUCACUACUUCUGCCUUUUCUUUGCAUUCAGUCCUUAUUUACUGUCCGAUCACUCCAUUCCACAUCAUGUAUAAAGAACAGAUGUCAUAGGACAGGUGAUCUUGACCCUCCUGACAGACCUUGGGCUGGUGUUAACUGUCUUAAGAUGGCAUGUUAAAAACCCAACCAACACAAAGUGUAAAAGAUUUAAACAGUAUUUUUGGGGCCUUCAUGCCAGUUCUAAAUGGUUUGAUAUGUUAAUAUGCAAUGAAAUAAAAAGAACACUGUGUU